UUGGUCUUCCUGGGGGUUAAUAUUCAUAAUUAUAUAAUUCGUUUAUGUGUGCAUAAUCUUGACACACAAUCAAGUUGGUGUAGGUUAUGUGUACAGUACAUUUGUGUUAUUUUUAUGUAAAUUCUGCCUUAUAAUCUGUGUAGUGUGUAAAUAAUCGAUGUUUAGUCUGUGAGUUUUUAUAAUGUAUGUGAUGUGAUGGCGCUCUGGAGCACACACACACACACACAUACUCAUACUGUGGCGUUUCUGAUGCGGAACAACAAGUCUGAACAAACUCUGCUGCUCCACUUCCGAAUGUUUGAAACACCUCCAUCAGCCCAGCGCCUCCUCCCGCUCCUCCCGCUCCUCCCGAGGAGACACCGAUCCGCCGCUCCACCGGACCGAUGACGGACAACGAGCGAGCCGCCAGAACCCUCAAAACCGUUCUGCAGAAACCGGGGAACGGCAGCUGCGCGGACUGCGGCACCGACAAUCCGGAAUGGGGCUCCUGUUCUCUAGGAGUCUUCGUCUGUCUGGACUGCUCCGGGGUCCAUCGCAGUAUUCCCAACCUCGGAAAAGUCAGAUCGCUCCUACUGUCACGCUGGGAGGAUUCAGAAGUUCAGUUCAUGUCUGAACGAGGGAAUGAUGCCAUGAAUGCCGUGUAUGAAGCUGCACUUCCUGUUUAUUACUACAAACCCACACACAGAGACUGCCAGGUGCUGAAGGAGCAGUGGAUUCGAGCAAAGUAUGAGAGGCAGGAGUUCAUGGAGAAUGGCAAGAAGCUGGUCUAUGAGGACGAGGCGAGAGAUGGCAUGCUAAUGAAGAGGGGGCGGGACAACGGACAGUUCCUCAACAGACGAUUUGUCCUGUCGCAGAGGGACGGCACACUAAAGUACUACACUAAACUAGACGCUAAGGAACCCAAAGCUGUUAUAAAGGUGGACAGCAUCAACGCUUGCUUCCAGCCGGAUAAGAUCGGAAACCCCAACGGCCUGCAGAUCACCUACCUGAAAGACAACAUCACACGAAACAUCUUCAUCUACCACGACAGCAGCAGGGAGGUGGUGGAGUGGUUUAACUCCAUCCGGGCGGCGCAGCUGCAUUAUCUGAAGGUGGCGUUCCCUGGAGCCACGGACGCUGAGCUGAAGCCCAAACUGACUCGCAGCUUCCUCAAAGAGGGAUACAUGGAGAAAACCGGUCCUCGGCAAACAGAAGGCUUUAAGAAGCGCUGGUUCACGCUGGAUCACCGGCGGCUCAUGUACUUCAAAGAUCCUCUGGAUGCGUUUGCUAAAGGCGAGGUGUUCCUGGGACACAGAGAUCACGGAUACCGCGUCACGAUCGGACUCCCCGCCGGAACCCACUACAACGGGCCGUGGCAGUACGCCAUCACCAUAGAAACGCCCGACCGCAGCUUCCUGUUCACCUGUGAAACAGAUACGGAUCAAAAGGAGUGGAUGAGCCAUUUCAAUACAAUCCUCAGCACUCCCAUGAGCCCACAGGAGUACACGGUGGAGGCCUACUUCAAACACAAACACUGAUGGACCAUGGAACCCUCGGCGUGACCUCUAACCUUUCACCUGUGUCCUCUGCAGCUGACCCGCCACGGAUCUCACAGCACGUGCCUCGGAUGUUUGUGUUUUACACUAAGUAUUUGUUUGUAAACUGUUCUAUUAUUCUGUGUCAUUAAAUCUAGAAAUUCUGAGUAUUUUGUCCCCAUAACUUUAUGUUUGCAUGUCUGCAUUUCCCACAAACUGUUUGCUACCAAAUCUUGUUUUUUGUUUUUUUAUUGUUUUUUUUUAAUCUGAUUUUUUUUUUAAAGAUUAAAGGC